GAAAGUUUACAAGUCAGCCUCUCACACAAAAACCCAUAUACACCUUACUACAUACUCCCAAUUACUCUCCCCCUAAUGAGACAGCCUGCUCUCUCCCUCCGCUCUCUCUUUUCGUGUCCAUUUCGCCAGCUUCUAACCUCCUCCACCCUCUCGUCUUCCCUCCAGGCAGGAGAUGCCAACAUAGGCUCAAGUGUCCACCUGAUCCAAGAAGCUCACUCCUCACCAGCAUCCCUCUCCACCCCAUUGUCCAGUCCAAUCCAUGUCUGAAGAGUUGGCUUCGGGAAUGGUUCCUGUCCUGGGCCAACAGAAGCGGAAGAACACCUAUCUCAUCAGAUGUAUGCUUAAAUGAGCGCAGUAGCCCAGAAGUCUGAAUUCAUGGUGCGAGCUCCAGGGGAUGGCUUUCUCUCUAUCGGCUCUGGAGGAAGGUCCUUGUCAUCAGUCUUCCCUUGGUCUGGGAGCAUCUCAGUGCAGGAACCUCAGGUCCAAAGGACGUGCUCUGCUCCUGGUGCUGCUUACUUGGAGACCAAGUUUUGGAUCCUGACAGAAGUGAUAAGGAGAGGGAAGAAUGUCCCUGUGCAGGUGUCCUGCAAGAACUGAGUACUUGGUCACGGAGUUAAUCCCAUGCACUUGGCCUAGGAGACAGACUCUCAAAGACGAUCCAGAGGAUGGUGGAGUAGUUGCAGCAGUUGUAGGCCCAAUCACGGCCUCACAGCAGUGAGAUCAUUCAAAAGCGACUGCAGCAGUGUAUCGACGGGGAACUGCCAGAAAUUCAAGCCAGAUUCAGAAGAGGACGUGGAACCACGGAUAUCAUUGCUGGUGUCAGAUGGAUCUUGGGUGAAAGCAGAGAAUGGCAGAAAGAUGUUUACCCAUGUUCUAUUGACUGUGCAAAGGCAUUCGACUGUGUGGAUCAUAACAAAUUGUGGAUAACAUUGCCGAGAACGGGAAUUCCAGAACACUUAGUUGUGCUCAUGAGGCAGUCAUUCGAACAGAACAAGGGGAUACUGUAUGGAUUAAAGUCAGGAAGGGUGUGUGUCAGGGUUGUAUCCUUUUACCAUACCUAUUCAACUUGUAUGCUGAGCAGAUAAUCCGAGAAGCUGGACUAUAGGAAGAGGAAUGUGGGAUAAGGAUUGGAGGAAGACACAUUAACAACCUGCAUUACACAGAUGACACAGCCUUGCUUGCUGAAAGUGAAGAGGACUUGAAACACUGAUGAAGAUCAAAGAGGACAACCUUCAGUAUAGAUAACACCUCAAUAUAAAGAAAACAAAUCCUCACAACUGGACCAGUAAACAUCAUGAUAAACGGAGAAAAGAUUGAAGUUGUCAAGGAUUUCAUUUUAUUUGGAUCCAUAGUCAACACCCAUGGAAGCAGCAGUCAAGAAAUCUAAAGAUGCAUUGUAUUGGGCAAAUAUGCUGCAAAAGACCUAUUUAAAAAGUUGAAAAGCAAAGAGACCACGUUGAAGACUAAGAUGCCCGUGACCCAAGCCAUGGUGUUUUCCGUUGCCUCAUAGCCAUGUGAAAGCUGGGUGAUGACUAAGGAAGACCAAAGAAGAACUGACACCUUUGAAUUGUGCUGGUGAAGAAUAUUGAAUAUACCAUGGGCUGCCAAAAGAAUGAACAAAUCUGUCUUAGAAGAAGUACAACCAGAAUGCUCCUUCGAAGCAAGGAUGGCAAGACUACCUCUCACAUGCUUUGGACAUGUUGUCAGGAAGGAUCAGUCCCUGGAGUAGGACAUCAUGCUUGGUAAAGUACAGGAGCACUGGUGAUUUCAAGUAUUUUUGCUGAAUCUCUAAGAGACACUUGGAUGGUGGAUUAACAAGAAGGUUGAAAUUUUGUGAGAAGUUUCAAAUUGGAGAAUACUGAAUUUUCACCCUAGUCAGGCAGCUGUGCUGCUCACUUAAAUACAGAUGAAUGAAGACCCCAUUCGGAAAGACACCUGGCCAGCGGUCCAGAGCUGAUGCAGGACAUGCUGGUGUGUCUGCAAACAUGAUGAAGAAAAGGACUUCCCACAAAAAACAUCGGAGCAGUGUGGGGCCCAGCAAACCUGUUUCCCAGCCCCGGCGGAACAUCGUGGGCUGCAGAAUUCAGCAUGGGUGGAAAGAAGGGAAUGGACCCGUCACACAGUGGAAAGGAACAGUUCUGGAUCAGGUUCCCGUAAAUCCUUCAUUGUAUCUUAUAAAAUACGAUGGAUUUGACUGUGUUUAUGGACUAGAACUUAAUAAAGAUGAAAGAGUUUCUGCACUUGAAGUCCUCCCUGAUAGAGUUGCAACAUCUCGAAUCAGUGAUGCACACUUAGCAGACACAAUGAUUGGCAAAGCUGUGGAACAUAUGUUUGAGACGGAGGAUGGUUCUAAAGAUGAAUGGAGGGGAAUGGUCUUAGCACGCGCGCCCAUAAUGAACACGUGGUUUUACAUUACCUAUGAGAAAGACCCCGUCUUGUACAUGUACCAGCUCUUAGAUGACUAUAAAGAAGGCGACCUUCGCAUCAUGCCUGACUCUAAUGAUUCACCUCCAGCAGAAAGGGAACCAGGAGAAGUUGUGGACAGCCUGGUGGGCAAACAAGUGGAAUAUGCCAAAGAAGAUGGCUCGAAAAGGACUGGCAUGGUCAUUCAUCAAGUAGAAGCCAAACCAUCUGUCUAUUUCAUCAAGUUUGAUGAUGAUUUCCAUAUUUAUGUCUACGAUUUGGUGAAAACAUCCUAGAUGUCAUCGCGAACUUUGCCAAAUUUGUGGAACUGUUAAAUGUAUAAUUUGUAGACAUAAAGACUUGAUUGCUUUCCAGUUUAUGAAAGCUUAAAUGUCCCUGCGAACCCACAAUCUCUGCCAGCGAAACUGUUUUGUUCUCAAUAGUACAGAUUUAUGUGAACACAAAGCAUUUUGUGUAAGGAACUCCUUCCUCUUAAAAGAAGUCUGUUUCUUUGGAGAGGAGUUACAGGCAAAUUUGGUAAAAGUUAAGCUAAUAUCAUAAUCAUCUAAAACUGUAAUGAUCUUAAUCAUUUUCUCCUUCGCCCUAACUCUCUUUUUCUGCUGCCACAAUGCAAGUAUAGUUUGGUAUUUUUUGUUACUGCCUUUUUGAGAUAUAUAUCUAUACCUAUCUACCUACUUCUCUAUCUAUAUACCUGUGUGUGUAUAUGUAGAGAGUACAUAUUUAUACACAUAGAUAUAUAUUUUUUUUCUCUCUCUCUCUCUAUUGGCAGUCCUUUCUUUGUGGAUUGGAUAAGGGGUUAAAUAAUUUUCUCCAGUUUAACAGGAGUGCUUGACCCAAGUCAAGUCAUAUACUGUAUUACUCUUCUUUAUUUAAACUGAAAUUUGGACACAAGAAGCACAUAGGAAUGAUCAACUUUUUUUGAAAGGUGAAAGUGCAGUGCACCUUUUAAAUCUGGAGGCUUUAAAUGAUAAGUCAAAAUCUGAAUCACUUAUGAACAGUUCAUGACCCACAUUAGACAUUUUACAGACUGGUCCGCCAUCUGGCUAAAAGGCUGCCUUUAAUUCUAAGCAUUUUAAUCUUUUGUUGUUGUUACAUUUUAAAUCAUAAAUACUUUUAGUAAAACCCAGGUACUUGGUCCGCAAAGUAUAAUGUAGGUGUACUUUGGAUGGCACGUUUGGCUCGUUAUUUGUACAAAUUAUAAACCUGGAUUUUAAUAUGAAUUUAAAAGGUAACACUACAUCAGUGAUUUGUGUGUAUGUGCUCUGAGUUCCUGGAAGAACACAAUACUUUUAUAUUAGAAAUGUAAGUUUUAAGAAUGGCAUUGUUGCCUUCUAACAAGUUCUUUGGGAUUCUUUUAUUUUUAUUACUAUUAUUAUUGAUAUAUGAUUAUGGUCAGAAAGCUUUUUCACCCUGGCUUUUCCCCACAAAGAAUGUCUUGACAAAUAACAGCUUAAAUAUAUUGAUGCCUUUUGUGGUGUUGUAUGUCCUUGCCUACAGUAUGCUGUUAAUGUGGAUUCCAUUCAGUGGACUCUAGGAUUUUGCAUGUCAGUGAUAUUUUACCAUAUAAGGUUCCAUCAUCUAUGUUAGCUUCCGGGUGUCAGUGAUAGCAGCAGCCCUUAGCCACAGAAUCCUUUUAUGGUUUGUUCCUGCAAAGUAGUUUUAAGCCGAAAUAGAACUGCAAAAAUGGUUGGUUUAGCACCAGAAUUGCCAUAUGUCGCUUUGUUUUGGAUGCACCUUGGUGGUUUGAAAGCAAGGAGAAAACGCAGUAUGUGAAACCAGUCUCUCUAAUGGAGGGGCUUAGACCUGAGGUUUGACCUUGUCCGUUUAGUGUGCAGAAGGCUGACCAUGCGAGCUGUCAACCAACACGAAAGGUUUUGGAUCAGAGGGCCAAGGGGCCUCUUUGCUAUGGCCGUUCUUUCUUCGUGUUAGAGAGUCAGUAGUCUAAAGGUCUCUACGCAUGUUUUGCUUGACUCCCAUUUUAGCCUUAAGGUGUGUGUCUCAUCAUGCUGUUGGAUGGUACCUACUACUGUUCAUGGCUCCAUUGGGCCCAGUUUUCUACCCUGGGUAACCAAAGGCAAGCUUCUCAAUGCAGUAUGAAAGCACUAAGUAUCCAGGUCAUAAAUGUUUGAUGUGUGUUUGAACGAGUUUCAUUCUACAGAUCUGGUAUGUGUUUUUCUAUUGCCUCCAUUUUCUAUUGAGUCCCUGCAUGUAUAUCUCAAGGCUGAGCCUGGCUCCAUGAGCCCAAGCUGAUAUUUGUGACACAACAGUGAGUGUAUCCAGCACUCACAAUAUGUAUAUAACAUGGUACAGUGAAAAAUAAAGUUCAUUUUGAAGAAUCCUGAGGGUUGGGUCAACUGAAACGUUUUUAGCAUUACCUAAUGACUUGCAUUGUGGAUUUUCUACAAGCCACUUGAGCAACUUUAAUACACCACAUGAUCUGCUAAUCGUAGAUGAAUGUGACAUGUGAUUAUUAUUUUAAUGUUCCGUUUAUUGCUUUUAGGGUUGAGGGAAGAGGAAGGAUAUUUGUUCUGUUUUGUUCUCCCUUUUUCCCCAUUCCUUUGGUGGCUUAACCCACAUUGAUCAAUGCUGUGACUUACUCUGCUCCAUGGCGCUUGCGUCUUUGGCUUCAUUUUAGGCUCCUGUUUCAGAUCUGCAUGCAUUGCUUGCAUUUUCCUGGUCUGAAUGUUGGUUUCUUGUUCUCGGAAUUCAACGUUAACUUCCAAAAUUACCAUGGGGCUUGUGAUGAUGACACAAGACAUGGAUCUGUGUAUGAAACUUAUUGGCCUUUCUCAUUUACCUGCUAUAGUAUUAUUGUGUGUGUGUGUGUGUGUGUGUGAGAGAGAGAGAGAGAGAGAGAUGUCAAGCUGCCAUGUAAAGCUUCAAAGAAAAAUCUUAAAAGCAGACCAUCCUUUUUGCAUGCUCUAUUCUAAGUAGAAUGUUCAAUGUAAUUAACUAAAAUUGCAUGUUAAAGAUAUCUAGGUUUUUUGUUUUCUUUGUUUUCAUUUGUUUUCAGUUUCUGUAUAUUUGCUUACUGUGCCGUUUAGUGGUCGUAGGAUAAAAAUGCACUGGUGAAGCAAAUGUAGUGCCAACAGAAGGUAGUUUUCCACUUGUAUGUGUCAUGCAGCAUUUGAAGGGACUGUGGAUUCUUUAAAAAAUCACAGUUACUUCUAAAAACAGAUUUCAUUUCUUUUAUUGUUUUAUGUGCCAAACCCCAAAGUGCAUUGGACUUGAAUUUUUGAAAGCUGUAGACCCAUUAGAAGACUGUUUUGAUUGUCACAAAUUGUAGUGCCUAAAAUCAUUCUUAAGCUGAUUGUCUUAAAAAAAAUGAAAGUUCUCCAAAGACGAAACAGAAACAAUUAUUCCAACAAAAGUAAUUAUGGCUGAAAUGUUUGUGGUUCCUUGGAAAUGCUGCGCUUUUUGUAUUUUACAUCAUUAGUGCAGUUUGAAUGAGAGUGUAUAGUUCAGAGGUCUUCGUGUUCACAUUUUAAAAUUAGGUAAAUGACCUCAUCUUUAGAGCUUGAGUCCAUUUUUAAUUUUCAUUUUAUUUUAUACAAUGUGUAUACAGUUCCCUGUUCUCUGCAUUUAGAAGUAUAAACAAUAUAAAUCUGUUAAUUCUGUAAGUAAUUUUUAUAAUUAUGAUGUAACUCUAUCCUAUCCUCAAAACAUUUAAAAUAAACCCUUUAUGUGCAA